AUGCCCAAGGCCGACGCGGCGCCCUCCACGGCCGUGUCCGUGUCCCCCGCCGCGCUGCGCGGCGGCCGCCGGCGCCUGAUCCAGACGCUGGCGCUCGUGCUGCUGCUGCUGGGCGCGCUCUCGAUGGUGGCGCGGGUCGUGGACCUGUCGGCCGCCACGAGCAGCUUCAGCACGAGCGCCAAGAGCCAAUCAGGGCUCAGCGUGCGCGGCCCCGUGCGUCACAAUGGCUACACCAGCGGCAAGACGACGGCGAGUGACGUCGACGGCGCGUCCGGCAACUUGAAGGCAACUGCCGCCGCGCCCACGACGGCGCCCGUGGUGGCGCAACAGACGCUGGAGCAACUCAAGAAGCAGGAGCAACUCAAGACGCUCACCAAGAACAAGUGCUACGCGCAGCGCGACGUGGGCAUCAUCGCGGCCGUGCAGAAAGCCGCCAGGAACUUCUGCGCCAACGGCGGCUGGGACGCCCAGAAGCAGGCCCCCGUCAGCCCCCAGCAGGCCACGAAGGUCUCCACGUACCGCGUGGGCGGCGGCAUCAAGGCCGCGACCUUCCAGAACCUCAUGCUGGACCUGGUGGGCGUCGCCAUCCACGCGCCCAUCAAGAGCAUGGCCGAGGACGGCGGAAGGCACGACCCCAGGUUCAACUUCAACCCGAGACUCGUCAACUGCGCGUGCGACGAGCUGGCCAACCACUUCCGCAAGCUGCCGGGCGACAAGGAGCGCAAGGCCGAGCAGAUCUGGUACCCGACGCUCAUGGGGCUGCCCGGGGACGGCAUCCCCAUGACGACCAUCUGCAGUCCGCGGAAGCCCGAGAACAACAAGCGCUCGCCCUGGGACUUCGUCAAGAACCCGCUCCGGGCGCCCGACGGCAACGAGACCGUCGUGUUCAAGGACCCGGUCGUGCUCAUUGCGCGCCGCGACGACCACAACCCGUUCUUCCAGAUCUCGUACGCGCUGAACUCGUGGAUCAUGCUGCAGGCGCUGGGCUGGGACAUCACCAAGACUCGCGUGAUCCACCUGGACGGCGGAUACCCGUCGCCGAUCGACGCGCUGCACCAGGGAAUUCUGGCGCCGCACCACGAGAUCGUCGACGGAUCGACGCUGAUGGGCAAGCGCGUGCACUUCCGCGGGGAUGUCUUGGUGGCCCCGUUCGAGCUGUCUGGCCCCAUGAUGCAGCACCUGGAUGAUGGAGAACCGUGCUUCGAGUCGGAGCUCAUCAAGACGUUUCGCGCCAAGUCUCUUCUGACGCUGAACGUGACCCCGGAGGUGGAGCGCGAGCUUGGAGUGACGUCUAUUCGCCCCAUGAUCGUGACGGUGAUCACCCGCCGACCGUAUGGCGGUCGCACGCUUCAGCGCGUGUGGGUAAACGAGGACGAGGUGAUAGCCAACAUGCGGAUCGAGUACAAGGGCCUGAACGUCGAGUUUCGAUCCAUCGACUACGUGAACCUGACGCUGGCGGAGCAGAUGCGGACGACCAUUGAGAGCGAUAUGAUUAUUAGCAUGCACGGCGCUGGUCUGGUGAACGUGAUCUGGGCGCGGCCGAUGACGACGGUGGUGGAGAUCUUCCCCAAGGAGCGGUUCCGCUGGGGAUACCGCAACAUGUGCCAGUUUGUUGGCUGCGACUGGCAUGAGUUCCGUGGAGGCCAGGACAUCGGUGACGAUCCGGCCCCCAACACGAAGAACAAGCGCAUUCCGUACGACGAGUGGAUGGCCUUCUUCCACCCACUCUUCCGCCAAACCUAUGGCGCUUUCGAGGAGCAGCAAGCGAUUUUACGUGGAGAGGCAUCGUAAGCCUCAGUGAGUUAUUUGCGUGGCCCGCGAGCUCUGCAGUAGUGCGCGAUUCAAGUUGCAGCCAGCAUGAUGCAGCUGAAGAACCCCAGAGCACCCGGUCUAUCUACUUUAGAGAUGCAGCAAUUGAGGAGUGCAGAUGAUACGCAU